UUUAAUUAUACACACACGACUUUAUUACAAAACCAUAUUAUACGUUUUUGCUUUUUUCAUCAAAUGGAUCAUGAAGAGGAUGAGAUCGAGAUCCCUAACUACUUUAUCUGCCCAAUCUCACUAGAAAUUAUGAAAGAUCCAGUCACGACCGUUUCUGGCAUCACUUACGACCGUCAAAGCAUCGUUCAGUGGCUAGAGAAGGUCCCAUCAUGUCCCGUGACGAAGCAGCCUCUUCCUCUAGACUCAGAUCUUACGCCUAACCAUAUGCUUCGCCGUCUCAUCCAACACUGGUGCGUCGAGAAUGCAACGCGUGGUGUUGUUAGAAUCCCUACUCCCAGAGCUCCUCCAGGGAAGCCUAACUUAAUCGAGGAGAUCAAGAAUCUCAAAAAGUUUGGACAAGAAGCCUUAGGAAAAGAAGACACGUUAAAGAAGCUUGAAGUGUUAGCUAUGGAGGGAGAGAGAAACAGGAGACUGAUGUGUGAAGAAGGCGUACAUAAGUCUUUGAUCUUGUUCGUAGUCAAGUAUACUCGUGAAGAAGAAGAGGAGGAGGGACAACGUCGUAUCAAAGGGAACCUAGAUGAGUCUCUACGUCUUCUUCACUUGAUCGGUGUUCCGUUAAAUGAAGCAAGAACAAUCUUGAUCGAAAAUGAGCGGAUCUUGGAAUCGUUGACUUUGGUCUUAAACCAACAAGACUUCAUGAACAAGGCUUAUACUAUUGUCCUCUUGAGGAACCUAACUGAAAACACAUCCUCUCAUAUCGUCGAGAGAUUGAGUGCUGAGAUAUUCAAAGGCAUCAUAGGGUUUCUCAAGGACGAAGUAAGUAGUUCCAAUCGCGUAAACCCUAGCGUGUGUGCUACGGUACAACCAUCAAACUCUAGAGUGAGAAACAAGGCACCAUCGAAACUAGAUCAUAGCGUGGUUAUUAAACAAGCUGUGACCGCUGCGCUGAUGAUUCUUCUAGAGACCUCUUCUUGGAGCCGGAAUCGUACCAUCCUUGUGGAUCUCGGUGCGGUUUCGGAACUCAUCGAACUCGAGAUAAGCUCAAUUGGCGAGAAGAGAACCACGGAACUUGUGUUGGGAAUCUUGUCUCGUUUAUGUUGUUGCGCAAACGGUAGAGCUGAGUUUCUUGCACAUAGAGGCGGAAUCGCGAUUGUGACAAAGCGGUUGUUGAGGGUUUCGGCAGCAGCGGACGAUAGAGCUAUCUCUAUACUAAGCUCAGUGUCCAAAUACUCGCCGGAAAGCGAAGUGGUGGAAGAGAUGGCUAGCGUAAGGACAGUAAAGAAGCUUUGUUCUGUCCUAAGUAUAGACUGUAGUUUAAGCUUGAAGGAGAAAGCGAAAGAGAUACUUAGAGAUCAUAUUGAUGAGUGGAAGAAGUUUCCAUGCAUUGACGUAGCUCUAGUUACUAAGCUUUUAAGCUCUUCACCCAAAGAUCUACUCACCGAGUAUUACUCACGAGUUGGUGUUUAGCACUUUUGCGUUAUGUACUCCAAUCAAGUAAAUUACUCUCCAAGAUGAUGUAUGCAGCAAGAGAUACAUCACCAAAUGAAUUUGAUGCAGUGAUUCUUGAUCUAAU